AGUGCGGGUCGCCUUGAAAGGGAUUUGCUUCUCUCCCUGUGAGCGCUUGUCUGCGUCGUUGUUGCCGUGAGCGGGUCUUCGUUCUUGGCUCAGGCCUUAUUCUUUUGCUUUUGUUCUUCUUUUUCCUUAACUGUUUCUCAUUUGCCUUGUUUCGCUCAACGUUUCUGUUUUUCUCGCACCUGCCAGCUCGAACGUGACGACAGGGCGCAGACAUGAAGUUCGGCAAGCGCUUGCAAGACGAGAUUGUGCCGGAGUGGGAGCAGUACUACGUCAAUUACAAACGGCUGAAGCAGUUCAUCCAUAACUCCGAGCUGCGCGGGAGCGAGUUCGGUAAUGAGCUCUUCAAAAUUAUCACCGAGGAGCUCGCCAAGGCGGAGGGCCUGUUCCAGCAGCUCAUGGGCGACCUGCAGGGGGAGCACGAUCGGCUGAUGGACCUCAACCCAGAUCUGCCGGUGGUGCCAACGCAGAGGGAGCGCAAGUUUCACCGUCGCAGCAAGAAGAUAUUCGUGGCGAGCGACGACGCCCCGAACGAGGAGACGGGGUUGGUGAGCACCACGACGAGCUCCAUGUGCGACCCCUCCGUGCUGGAGGAGAACGCCAUUUUGCCGGAGUCGAACAGCGGGCUCAUCAACCUCCUGAAGCGGCUGUUCUACCUCAUCAUUGGCGACUCUCAGGUGAAGGCGGUGCAGAGCAACACCCCCCGUGCGUUGUUUCUCGAGUGGCACUCGAAUGCGCACCAGCUGCAGCACUUUGCGGAGCUCAACAUUGAGGCGAUUCGUAAGUCUGCCAAGAAGCUGAAGAAGUACCGCCGCCUGGAUGGAGACUUCACCGCCGCCAUCGAGGCUGAGAUCUCGCGAUCGCGACUGACGACGCUCAUGCCACGGCUGCACAACCUAAUGUCCAAUGUGAGCAUGGACUUUGAGCGCAAGUUCAAGGUACCGCUGGAUCAGUACGCGAACGUGACUAUGUCGCAGGAGUGGCACGCGCGGUGGCGCUACAUCUUCCUCGGCGCGGCCUUGUUUAUGAUCACGAUGCGGCUGCCUGUGCUGUCGGAGACGUCGGCGGCACACAACUGUCUCGCGCUGUUCGUGCUCGUCAUUACCCUGUGGAUUACGGAGGCCAUUCCUUUCUUUUGUACCGCCAUGCUGAUCCCACUCUUCGCCGUCCCCCUGGGCAUCGUCAUGGACCCCGAUACCCACCAGAGCGCCACGGCCACCGUUGCAUCGCAGAUCAUUUUGGGGAAGAUGUUUAACCACGUUCAGAUUCUCGUGAUGGGCGGGCUUACCAUUGCGAAGGCGUGCUCGCGCACCAACCUCGAGAUGUACGCCGCCAGCUCGCUGCAUCGCUGGACGGCGCACCGUCCUCCGCUUUACUUGUUGGGUGUGAUGAUGAGCAGCUGUCUCCUGUGCGCCUUCGUGUCGAACGUGGCCGCCCCGCUGCUGGUGCUCGGCGUCGUGCAGCGCACCCUGUGGGAAUUCCCAGAGGGCACCAACGCCCCGCACGGCAUUCUGCUGGGCCUGGCCUUUGCGUGCAACAUUGGUGGUAUGUUGUCGCCCAUCGCCUCCCCGCAGAACGCGGUGGCGAUCACCGCGCUUGGCUUCUACCGAGUCUCCUUCGCGCAGUGGGUUGGCGUGGCGCUGCCGGUGGUGCUGGGCAGUGUGGUGGCUGCGUGGCUGAUUGUGCUGGUGGUGUGGAAGCCGUUCAAAGAUGUGCCGUACAUCCCUCUGCAGGUCGUGAACACCGCCAUGGAGAGCCAGUUCUCCCCGGUGACCCGUGCGGUCGUAGUGCUGGUGUCUGCGCUGACGAUCAUUCUGUGGGUGCUGCCGGCAAACUUGUUCUUCGGCGACACCGGCAUCGUCGCGCUCAUCCCCAUUGUUGUCUUCUUCGGGGUCGGCAUUUUGUCAAAGGAGGACUUCAGCACGCUGUCGUGGCACCUGCUCUUCUUGUUGGCGGGUGGUAACAUGCUGGGCCUGUGUGCGCAUGACUCGCGCAUGCUGGACAUCAUGGCGAUGGGCUUGAAGACCACGCUGACGAGCUCGCCGCCGUACGUGACGCUGGUUGUGGUGCUCGUUGUCGUGGGCAUAAUCACGACGUUUGUUUCGCACACGGUGGCAGCGAUGAUCUUGCUGCCCAUCAUCGCGAAGAUCGGCUUCUUGUUGCCGCAGUCGUCGGGGAUUCUCACCGUGACACCGCAGUCGAUGGUGAUGCUGGCCGCGUUGAUGUGCUCCGGCGCGAUGGCGUUCCCGAUCAGCUCGUUUCCUAACGUGAACUCGCUCCUGGCGGAGGACUCGAAAGGUAAGCCGUACCUACGGGCCAAGGACUUUCUCUUCUGCGGUACCAUGGUGACUAUGGUGUUCACAUUCUGCCUCGUCACGUGGAUGGUGCCGCUGACGAACUACGUGCUGCCGAGCGAGCACGGGACGCGCUAA